CUAUCAUAAAAGUUAUACAAUCCAAUCAUGAACACUGGAAUGAGAAAACUUGUACUUGUAAAAUUACCUCCCAUCCAAGGAUGCAACGUAGAGGGAGUGGACACACUUGGAAUAGAUUUAAAAAGAAAGAAAAGGGGCUUAACAGUUGGCUUUGCCCAAAAAACAGUCAAAGGGCAUGCCGGAGUCACGGGUGGGUGUGUUCCACAACUUCAUAAGGACACGCCAUCGUCAUCCGAAACGGCUCGCCGGAGCUUGCCAGAACCAGCUCAAAGUUUCUCCCAUGAUUUCCGUCGUCAUCUCAACAACCAUGUGAGUCGAAUUUAACCUCCAAUGAACUUAAUUUAUGAGUUAAUUGUAGCUGUAGUCUUUCAAAGGUUCUCUCUUGAUUUCUGUCUUUGAUUACUGCUAUCAGUAGCCGAUGGUGUUUUUCUGGGUUUCGCUUGAUUCUUCGAUGUUUCUUUGAUUUACUAGCAAAGAAGGGUUCCUUAUGUUACCUUUCAGAAAAGUUGUAAAUGAAGUAAAGUAGGAUAUCAGAGGAACUGAUGUUUGUUUGAUCUUCCUUGUGUUAAUCUGUUUAGGCUUGUUGGGUUCCCCAAAUUCCUCCAGCUUUAUUAUCAAUUUUUUUGAUCAUCCUUGGGUUAAUCUGUUGUUCAGGGUUGUUAGAUUCCUCAAAUUCCCCCAGCUUUAAUUUUCUAUUUUUUCUAGUUAUUUUUGGAAACAGGAAUUAAUUCUUUUCUAAAAUAUUUAGAAUUAAUUCUAAUCUGUAUUUAUUUUCUAAUCCCAUUUGUGUAAUCUCUUCUCUUCUCUUCCUGAAUAGAUAUAGGAUUUGUUUUCCUUUCCGCACUUACUAGCAUAGAAUUCACUCUGUGUGUCUCAUGACUUGAUAAAUUGAGGUGUGCCAA